GUCUGCUAGUCGUUCGUAUGCGGAUAUUCAGCUGAGGGAAGGUUUAGCGCUUUUGAGCUAUACAAAUCCUUCAGAAGUGCUCCAACAACACGUUAGUAUUACUCAGAUAUCGUUAGUAAUGGGAAGUGAUUUAGAUUACGAGUGAAUAUUAUAAUGCUGAAUAUGAGGUGCUGAUAGUUGGUCUGAUCGUGAGGGAGAGAUUGACUUGGCCUUUUAUUUUCUUUCUAUUGGUUAUUAUUUUCAUCUUAAAUGUGACGUAGAAACGUUUCCAAACAAGCAGGAAGAACUCUCUGUGCUACUGGGAGCUACUAAAGAUGGAGUUUAUUAAAGAGGAGAUUAAAGAUAUGAGUGAUUUGGAACCCUGCAGAAUGGAUAAUGAAGAUCCUGAGGAACAAAGAGACCUGAUGGAAUUAAAAGAGGAAAACCAAGUACUGAAUGAAGUGGAGGAGAAAAACCAGGAUGAGGAACCUCAUAAUUUCAUUAUAUUCAACGCUGAAGAAAAAACGUCUAGUUGCUCAGAAUCUGAAAAGAGUUUCUCACCAAAAAGAGUAGAACCCCAAAAUUGCUUCAUUUGCCCUCAGUGUGAAAAGAUUUUCACAUGCAAAAGAGACUUUAGGAGGCACAUAAAUAUUCAUACUGAAGAGAGACAUUUCACCUGCUCUCAGUGUGGAAAGAGUUUCAAAAAUUCAGGAGACCUCAAGAGACACAUAGGAGCUCACUCUGGAGAGAAGCCUUUUACCUGUCCUCAAUGUGGAAAGAGUUUCACACAAAAAGACGGCCUUAAGGAACACGCAAAAGUUCACACUGGAGAGAAGCUUUUUUCAUGCAUGUUGUGUGGAAAGAGUUUCACACAUCAAGGCAGCCUAAAAAGGCAUAUGAAAAUUCAUUCUGGAGAGAAACUACAUCAAUGUUCUGAGUGUGGCAGGAGAUUUUCAGAGGCGAGCAAUCUAAAAACUCAUCUGCUCUCUCACUCUGGAGAAAGACCAUUUAAAUGCGAUCAGUGUGAUAAAACAUUCUUCUUGGCAGUUCACUUAAAGACACACAUGAGGAUUCAUGAAGGUGAGAAGCCUUACACAUGUUCUUUUUGUGGAAAGAGUUUUUUAUGGCAGAACGGUUUUAAAGACCAUUUGAAAACACACAUCGGUGUGAAAGCUCAUGUGUGCACUGAGUGUGGAAGCACCUUUACCAGAGCUGGCGAACUGAAAGUGCACCAAAGGACCCAUACUGGUGAGAAACCUUACAAGUGUUCACACUGUGAAAAGAGUUUCACCGUUUCAGGAGCCCUGAAAGCACAUGAAAGAGUGCAUACUGGAGAGAAGCCGUACCUCUGCCCAUCAUGUGGGAAGACUUUCAGCCGAUAUGGUAAUCUUGGAAAACAUUUAAAAAAGGCUUGCCCAAAGUUGUCACAGUGAGCGAAGUUCACUUCUAUCAAGAUUAUUUGUGAUGACAUUGAUCAUUCAGUACUUAAUAUUCUAAACACACAGUCACCCAAAUAAUAGAAUUUUAAGUGAAUAUAGAAAUGUAAUGAAAUUCUCAGUUGUAGAGAUUGACCGAUAAUCAGUUUUACCUGUUUAAUGUGUUUACUAUUGAGUCAACAGAUAGCCAACGCUGUUGCAUGAUGUGCACUUUUCAGAAAAAAAAAAAAAAAAGUAGGAUCUAUGCAUCAUAUCAUAUUGUAUAUGGAUUUGUUUUAAUCUGCUGUUUUUAUGUUCUGUUUAUGUUCCAUGAAGUUUCCAAAAAGACAUAUUUGUUUACAGCUUUAAACUUUGUCUACACCAGUUUUGUGGAGUAAUUUUUUUAUUUUCUUACUCUUUCAUUGUGAGUAAAUCAUUAUUCCUGACUAACCAUGAAAGAAACUUUGCUUUUAGUGUAUUGAUUUGUCUACUUAAAAUUUGUAUAUUUUGGGACAUGUUUGGAUGAAAGGUCGAAUGGAUGGAUGAAUGGAUAGAUAGAUGUGUAUUUUUGUUUGUUUGCGUGUUACAGGGUGCCUUGUAUCAGGGUUUAGAAAACCAAGAGAUGAUUUCAAGCGUUUGAUACACUUCAUACAUGCAUUGAAAUAUUUUGAAAACAAUUAGAGUAUAAAAUGUGUCAGUAUAUUUCACAUAAUUUAGGCCUAAUGCCUUAUUUAGCAGUGUUACAAAAGUACCCGUAUGUAACAAAUGUGCUCCUUGUCUUCACAUAUAAAUUGUUAAAAAAUAGUAACAGUGUAUGCAGGCUUUUGACAUUUAUUUUGUUGGUAGACUGAUAAUGGCAUUUCAUAUGAAAAAAAUGUCAUGUUUAUUGUGGUCAGUGUUUGUGCAGUAGAGCAAAAAGUGUUACAGCUGUUCUCUGUCUACCAUGUGGUGUACAGUAAAUAAUCAUAUUUCAUAAGUUAUAAAAACUGAACACUUUGUCAGCAAAUUAAAAAUGUUUAGGUGUUGGCCAUAUUGCCUGUGUGCAUUUUAUGCAAGUCCAGCUUCUUAACUCUUAAAACGUCACCCAUUUUUUAGUCAUGUGAAUAGUUAAUUCAUUUGAUGUUUUUUAUUCCAUUAUGCAGCAUCAGAGUAUGCCAAAAUAUUUAUUUAUAUUUUUUAACUCAAGUAAGCAUAUAGUAUAUGCUCGAUUUAUUUUGUCUCUGCAUGGCAGACAACUUGUAUAAAUAAUAUGUACCUAAAUCUCAGAACGUUCAAAUAAUUUGAUUAACUUUAUUUUAAUGCUGCAGUAAUUUAAUAAAUACUUUAGAAACCA